UUCUUCAUUCUCCAUUUCACACCCUUCUUCAAUUCUCUCUUGAACACUUUGAUAAUGUCUUCAUUGCUCUUGUUUACUUUGGUGUUUUGCAGCCAAGUCAUGGCUGCAUUCAACACACCGUUGCCACCUCCAAGCUAUGGAGAUCAAGUUUCCAUUCUGAGCAUAGAUGGUGGUGGCAUCAGAGGAAUUAUUCCUGCCACUGUUCUUAUUCACUUGGACAACGCUCUUAAGGCGAAGGAUCCAACAUCAUCGUUGGCAGAUUAUUUUGAUGUGAUAUCAGGAACAAGCACUGGAGGACUCAUGAGUCUUAUGUUAUCAGCUCCGAGCUCACCUGGUUCCAAUACUCCUCUCUUCACUCCAUCGGAAGUCGUAAACUUCUACAAGACAUAUGGCCCUGACAUAUUUAAACUUAGACCUAUCUGGGAUCUUACAAAAUGUCCCAAGUAUGAUGGAAAGUUCUUAGCGAACAAAGCUAGAGAGUUGCUGAAAGAGACACGACUGAAUCAAACGUUGACGAACGUGGUAAUACCAUCUUUCGAUGAGCAGAAAAUCUACCCAGUUAUAUUCUCCAGCUUCAAGGCGAAGACACAAACUUACUUGAAUGCGAAGCUCUCGGAUAUAGGUCUUGCCACUUCGGCUGCACCAACUUUUCUACCAUCCCACGAAUUUGAGAAUGAUGGUGUUCAAUUUGAUUUGAUUGAUGGAGCUAUGGCCGCUAACAAUCCAGCCCUGGUUGCUGUGAGUGAAGUGUUUCAACACAGUGGGGAAAAGGAAGUAUUGUUGCUGUCAUUAGGAACUGGAAUACCAAAAGCAAAGGAGAAGUUAGGUAACAUCUUCGAUAUUGGGUGCCAAGCUUUAUGGCUACCUGGGCACAUUGAAGUUAUCAGUGAAGUUGCAUUCAGCACAGACAUGACUCAUUACUACCUUGCAACAAUCUUCCCUGGCCUCGUUCCUCCCAAAAACUAUCUUCGAAUUGAGGAGUAUAAUCUGGAUCCAUCCAUGGAAGCAAUGGAUAAUGCUGAUAAAAAGAACAUGGAUAACCUUGAAAAGGUGGGAGAGGGCCUCUUGACCCAAAAAGUGAAGAGGAUAAAUCUGAGUUCAUAUAAACCAUUUGAACUAGACCAAACAAAUGCUCAAGCUCUUGACAGGUUGGCUGAGAAAUUAUUUGCAGAGAGGCAGUUGCGUCUGAAAAGGAAAUCUAUGGAGGAAGGAGGAAGACCUUUCAUUGAAACUAUUUAAGUUCCUUCUGAUGGAAUAAGAGCAUCUUGAGCAUUAUAAAUAAAUGUCAUGUGUAUGACAUUAUAUUAUGUUGUCUUUAUCCAUGUUUGUUGUGUGUUUUAUGUUGGAAUAAGGUUGAUGCUUUGGGUUUCUAUGUAAAUCCCAAUUGCAAGAACCAUAUAUGAUAUAAUAAGGUUGAAUGCUUUGGGGUUCUAUGUAUAACUCCCAUUAGCUGGAACCAUGGAUCAUGUAAUAGUAAGGUUCAAUGUUUUUGAGUUCUAUGUAACUUAAUUGCUAAGACCAUGUAUUAUAGAAGUGAUCCUUUGUUUGGUAAUUUUCUGUGGUAUUUUAAGA